GAGAGCCCUUGUCGUUUGCUCAAGAAAUUCCAUAAACUGGCGACGUUCUUCCAAAUUGUUUUGUAACGGAAAACAUAGCGAACGCGAUCAACAGCUCAACUAUAGCCUCGGAAGAUGCUUGCAAACCUCCAAACAAUCCACGGUCCAAUCCGCAAUGCGCGCUCCUCCCACAUGGCAAUGUGACGCCUCGCCCUCGCUCACAUAUAAAACGCUUGCUUUCCGACCGCCAUGGCUCCCGCACCGCAGCGUGGUCGCUCCCCACCUUCGCGUCCCGUUCGCCAUGAUCAUCCCCUUGCCCGCCGAAGAUGCGUCUGUGGCUGACCAUCACGCCCAUGUCUCAGAGUCAGACUCUAGCCCGAAUACCCCCGUUCACAUGCCAUCCACCCUCUGCGACACCUUCUGCGAGGGGUCGUCUUCGUCAUACUCGGCCUCUGUGUCUGAUAACGAUCCCUCGGCCUAUCACCAUGAGCAUCGUGCGAACCAGUUACCGAGCGAGGUCAAUGAACGCUGGGGCUUUCCGUCCCAGGCAUUGAACCCCGUCACGCGUAAUACCUUGGGACUAUAUCUCCCACAAGGCAGGAACCAGUCAAUGCUGGGGUCGCUUCAGGUUUCCGGUCUAUCUUCCUGGGACUCUUCUCCGAUUAAUGCUGUGCAGCCGACCACGGACGUGUCGUCUCAUGCGUCGCCAGCAAGGACGUCUUCAGUAACUUUCAUAUCUGUAGUCGAUCGUCGCUGAACGUUGAACUCCCGAUAAUCUCUUGUGCACCCUUGUGUCAGCCGAUC